GGCUGGGACACAAAGGAUCACCACUUUUGAAAACCAGAUAAUUUAACCUGACUUGUUCGCGGUGAAGCUGGCAGAUUGUUUGUGCUUCUUUUAUUUUUAUUUUUUAAACAUGGAAUCAGAAACAACCACAGCGCAAUGGUUGGCUAUCGGUGCAGGGGCUUUCAUCAGUUGGUUGGUGUUUAACUGGAUCUCUACUCCCUCACCAAAAAAGUUCACAGUGGAAGCACCUGAAGCUGCUGACCCUAAAUGGACUGGUAAAAUUCUUGAAACCCCCACUAUUCGCAACGUAAAUGACCCUUCGAACAUUGUGUGUUACGAUCCCUCAACUGGUUACCAUAUCGAUACGAUUCCUUCUCCUUCUGCAGAGAAAGUUAAGGAACUGUACACACGUACUGCAGCUGCCCAGGUGAAAUGGGCCGAGACGACCUUUGAGCAACGCCGAACUGUCCUUCGUUCUUUAUUGGCUUUUGUAGUGGAGAAUCAGGAAACCAUUUGUCAAGUUGGAUGUAGAGAUACCGGUAAAACCAUGGUAGAUGCUUCGUUAGGUGAGGUUAUUACCACAUGUGCCAAGUUGCGCUGGACUAUUGAUAACGCCGAAGUGGUAUUGGCUAAUGAUUACCGUAGUCCCGGUUUGAUGAUGAUGUAUAAAGAUGCCAAGGUGGUCUAUCAACCUCUAGGUGUAGUAUCGGCUUUGGUCAGUUGGAAUUAUCCUUUCCAUAACGCCAUUGGUCCCGUCAUUUCUGCUCUCGCUAGUGGCAAUGCAAUUAUUGUUAAAUGUUCUGAAUAUGUCGCUUGGUCUUCUGCUUACUAUGAAAAAAUUAUCAAGACCUGUCUCUCUGUUAAUGGUUUCGAUCCUGAUCUUGUCCAAUUUAUUAGUGGUUUUGCUGAUGUUGGUGAGGAGGUUGUUAAGUGUGGUGUUGAUCAUGUUACUUUUAUCGGCUCCCCCGCUGUUGGUAAAUUGGUUCAACAUAACGCUGCUGAUAACCUUAUUCCCUGUGUGCUCGAAUUGGGUGGUAAAGAUUGUGCUAUUUUAUUAAAGGAUGCCGAUUUGGUAAAGACUAUUCCUAUUUUGAUGCGUGGUGUUUUCCAAAACUGUGGACAAAACUGUGUUGGUAUUGAACGUAUUCUUGUUGCAUCUGAAAUUUAUGACAAGGUUGUUAAUGAAAUGAACGAUCGUAUUGGCCAAUUACGACAAGGAUCUAUUCUUACUGACGGUGAAGGAGUUGAUUGUGGUGCAAUGACGAUGGGUAACCAAUUCGAAAGACUUGAGGCUCUUGUUCAAGAAGCCGUUAGCCGUGGAGCUAGACUUCUUCGUGGUGGUCACCGUUAUCAACAUCCUAAGCAUAAGCAAGGACAAUACUUCGAACCUACCUUACUUGUGGAUGUUACUGAUGACAUGGAAAUUGCUAAUCAUGAAGUAUUUGCUCCUAUUAUGGUGAUUAUGAAGCACAACGGACCCGAAGAUGCAGUUCGUAUCACUAAUCGUUGUCCUUUUGGUCUUGGAUCCUCUGUUUUCUCUGCCGAUAAAUCUCUUGCAGAGAAGAUGUGCUUACAGCUUCGUGUGGGUAUGUCUAAUGUCAAUGACUUUGCUGUGAACUAUCUUUGUCAAGGACUUCCUUUUGGUGGUGUCGGUAUUUCCGGUUAUGGUAGAUUCGCUGGACCCGAGGGUCUCCGCGGUCUCUGUGUACCUAAGGCUGUUACAACUGAUCGCAUUCCUGGUAUCAAGACAUCUAUCCCCCCAAUCUUGGACUACCCCAUCCAAAAUGGAAGCAAGAGUUGGAAGUUUGUCCAAGGACUUAACAACAUGAUUUAUAAUCCUGAGCUUGCAGCUAAAGCCAAUGCAGUUGUUGAACUUAUCAAAGCAAGCUUUUAAACAAUGAAAAAAAAAGUGUAAAAUAUAAAAAAUUAAUAAGUGUGGAUUUUAUUUUAAUCCUGAAGAGGUUGUAAUUCUUGAAUUUGCUUGAUAAGAAAGGCUUUUUCGUCAUUAAAUUGCUCGUCGUCUAUAAUAAAAUAAGUAUGCCGGUCGAACAUAAAAUGAAUAAUAAUAAUAAAAAACAUUUAAUUUUACCUUGUCUGUCGUUAUGAAAGUUAC